CACACGCCACGUACUCAGCACUCUGGGUGUGAUUUAUGAAAUAAUUUUUAAAAAAUUCAUAAGCCUUAGUUUCGGCCUUCACUCCCACCCCGCCUAAAAGUUUUGCAAAAAAGGAGUUAUCUCCCCAUUCCGACAAAAAAUUGCAAAACAUUGUGCUCACUCUUCAAUCUAAUCUCUCUUUCUGCCCCCUCUAUGAAAAAACUAUUUUGCACGAAUGGCGCCUAAACGGAAGCGCGCCGGAUCAUCAAGCGGUUCGUCAUCCCGGAAAUCGUCUCGCCGUAACAGGGAACCCACACCCCCGCCAUCGCCACCACACUGGCGACCACCACCGAGACAUGCACCGGUGGUCAUAGAUGUGGAAGAAGAAACCUGGGAUAUCCGCGAUCCUGAUCUUGAUUUUUUCGUCCCAAAAGAUGAAUACAGGGAUGCGCCUGGAAAGUUUUCAGUUGCUUUCCAUCAUGGCGGUUCAUUCUUCAAUACCAACGAUGACAACAAGUAUGUUGGUGGGAAGUUGACAUACUUCGACUUCUACAAUAUUAACAAUUUCCCGCUCAUAGACCUAUCGAGCAUGGUGUUAAAGUUGAAGUACGAUAGGAAGAUGAUAUGUGAGUUCUAUUAUUGCGAACCUCAGGUUCGUCAGCACGUGGAUGGAUCUGAGUCUCUAAGACGAACCUUUGUACUCAGAUGUCGUCGGUGCGGACAAGAUGGGCAUAAACGAAGAACAUGCACUAAUGAUCCCCGUGUAGAUGCUCGAACCGAGGUUGGACAGAGUUCACAGCCCGGUGAGCCCAGUGACAGGACUAAGUCGUCUAACGUGGUGCAAGAUGAAGAGACAACUAUGCCUCGGAGAGAACGACCUAGCACACGUCGGUCUGCGCGGUCAAGCCAGGAGACCAAUCCCACUGUUCCAGGGCCUAGCACACUCCGGACCAGGACUCGGCUGCAACGUUGUGGCCGUUGACGGGAUCAGGAUUGAAUAUGCGCGGUUGUCAAUCUUGUUUGUGGCUUGUAAAUAAUCUUGGUUUUUGUUUGUGGCUUGUAAACAAUGGUGUCUUCAAGUCUUUAUGUCUAACAUUAAUCAUAUUUUGCAUACUAUUCUUGUUAGGGAUCAUGAUGGGAACGCACUCGUAUUUUGUUUUGACUAUG